AUGGCUCUGUUCCAGGACCCAUCGUCUCGGUGGUGUCUGAAUGCGCCCAUGACCUACAGUGUUCUCCUCCUCGUGUACGUGAUCCUGCAGUUCAUCGCGUUCUUUUUCGUGCUUGUGGCCACGCCCAUCGAGAUGUUCCGCGUGGGAGGUCCACCGGGCAAUACCGUUUGCAUCACGCUCUGGGGCCGCAAGGUGUCAUGCACAUCGCUCGGGUACAGUUAUUUUGUUGAAACUAUAUGGCGUGACUGUAUCAACCGACGUAAUCGUUUUCGCGCUGCUCAGGGAUGUGCCUUCAUUUCGAUUCUGGUAUACGGCGGGGCGUUCGUCGCCAGUUUUGCAAUCCUGUACGGCUACUCUUUCAUUCGCUGGGUGUGCCUGGCGCUGAACGUGGUUGGCAUAGUGUCGGUGUGCAUUGUGUGGGCGGCCAUGGCGGUGUCGUACAAGAAGAAAGACGGUCUCUGCUCCGCCAUUAAAGAUGACGGCACAUAUGGUGCCGGCUUUGUUCUCUUUGUGAUUGCGUGGAUACUGGAUAUCAUCAACACGGUGAUCCUGCUGCUCCCGUGCACGGUUACGGAGAGUGACGAGGAUAAGCACACCAAGCAACCGGCAGCGGAAGAGUAG